AUGGAUAUCGCUACACUCUUUGGCGUCAAGGGCAAGACAAUUGUAAUCACAGGGCGGGGACUGGUGGCCAACGGGGCCAACGUCUACAUCACCAGCCGCCAGGAGAAGUACCUGAAGGACGAGUCGGAGCGGCUGACAGCAGAAGGUCCUGGAACCUGCAGCUACGUUGUGUGCGAUCUAGUUGAUUACGAGCAGGUGCAGGCGCUGGCAACCAAAAUGGCCGAGCUUGCACCUGGCGGAAUCGACGUCCUGACGAUGCCUGACCAGGGAUUCGGUAACGACCUUCUGCUGAAUCUGCAGCGGCCGUUCACGGUCACACAGGCGCUGCUGCCGCUGCUGAAGAAGACGGCCAGCGCAGAGAAUCCAGCGCGGGUCAUCAACGUGGCAAGCAUCUCAGGCAACCAUGUGCUGCUCGGCACCACGUACUCGUACAAUGCGUCCAAGGCCGGGCUAAUCCACCUGACAAGCGACAUGGCGUACAAGCUGGCGGCAGACCACAUCAACGUCAACAGCAUCUCGCCGGGCAUGUUCCCGUCGCGCAUGCUGCGCGAGCCACCAGCCGACGCAAACCCGCUGCCAAACAAGGUACAGGACUACUGGAAGAACAACACGCUGACGAUCCAGGAGAUGGUGCCGCUGGGCCGUACAGGCAGCGAGCAGGAUAUUGCAGGCGCGAUCAUUUACCUUGGCGUCUCGGGCCAGCGCAUACGUGUUGUAGGUGGCCUUGAUGGUGCACAGCUUGCCAACGGCCCGUCUGCCAUCGACAACACGCUGCUCAACAAUGGCGCGUUUCAAAGAGGGUUCGCUACCGGCGGUGAUGGACCUACAGCUGUCGGCAAUGGUAACUUUGUGCUGCCGCGCCAGGUCGUUGGCGGCAACGGUGAUGCCCAGCUCGCCAAUGGCCCCAGUGCGAUCAACAGCCAGACUGUCAACAAGGGUGCAAUGGACGAGGGCGUAGUCAAGGACACAACCUCGUUUGACGGUGCUGCCAUCAUCAACCCUGUCGGCAACACCAUGGAGUCGGACACUACCAACGUUGUUUUGCACGACAACAACAUCGUGAACCCUGAGAUCAAUGUGGCUACUGGCGACCACCACGGCCCCACCAUCGUCGGUGACCGUAACACAGUUGAGGACAUCAACUCCGGACCUGGGUUUGGCGGCAUUGUAUUUGAUGUCCCCGUGUUUGAUGGGCUCUUGUGGAAGCGUCAGCAGGGUGUGCUGACUGAGGGCUCGACAGACUCGGAAAACACCGAAAUUGCCGGCAAUGAGUUUGUUGACCCGACUUUCAACUCUGUUUCUGGAAACAAUGGACCGGCACUGGCUGGCGACAACAACAUCUUCAUUCCCAUCAACAACGAGGGCAUGAUUGUCAAUCUGGAUGGGAGCUUCGCAGCUCAGCAGGCUGCCAACCAGCAGGCUAUCAUCGACCGUUUCACACACCAUGGGCUUUUCUAA